CUGCUCUCAUAGAUAUUUGAUAGCCUUAGUUUUUCUUAAACUAUAGGCUGCUACAUCAUCUUCCAAAAGAAGGGGAUGGAUGGUCUGAGAGCGCGAAUGCUUACUCUGUGCCGCUGUAUCCUGAAAGCUAAAAUUUUGUUCUGAACUCUGCAGAGAGCUUGGACUUGAAGUUUUGAGAUAUUAAGGAUUCUUGAAGAUGGACUAAAUGCAUUUUAUACAUCAGAUGGUGAUGAGUCUUCGACCAGAAGUAGAACAUUAUGGUUUGAACAGGAAGUGCCCUCACUGGCUCUUGUGUUGAGAGAUUGUCAGCUGAUGGUAAUUUUUGGUGAGAUGAGAGAAAUGUUAUGAUUUGGACGCUUGCUAGAAGAAGGAAAAUCUAGAGGAUCAGGAUCCACAAGACGGAUGGGGACCAAAGAUUGCAUCCGUCGUCCAAGCGGGAGACAAAGCCGCGCCGGGCAGCUCGUGGCGCGGCGCCUCCGCUCCGGCCCGAGAUGAAUGCUGCGGCAGAAGCCGAGUUCAACAUCCUGCUGGCCACCGACUCGUACAAGGUUACUCACUAUAAACAAUACCCACCCAACACAAGCAAAGUUUAUUCCUACUUUGAAUGCCGUGAAAAGAAGACAGAAAACUCCAAAGUAAGGAAGGUGAAAUACGAGGAAACAGUAUUUUAUGGGUUGCAGUACAUUCUUAAUAAGUACUUAAAAGGUAAAGUAGUGACCAAAGAGAAAAUCCAGGAGGCCAAAGAAGUGUACAGAGAACAUUUCCAAGAUGAUGUCUUCAAUGAAAGAGGAUGGAACUACAUCCUUGAGAAAUACGAUGGUCAUCUCCCGAUUGAAGUAAAAGCUGUUCCCGAGGGCUCUGUCAUCCCCAGAGGGAACGUGCUGUUCACAGUGGAAAACACAGACCCAGAGUGCUACUGGCUUACCAAUUGGAUUGAGACUAUUCUUGUUCAGUCUUGGUAUCCAAUUACAGUGGCUACAAAUUCCAGAGAACAGAAGAAAAUACUGGCCAAAUAUUUGUUAGAAACCUCUGGUAACUUAGAUGGUCUGGAAUACAAGUUACAUGACUUUGGCUACAGAGGAGUCUCUUCACAAGAGACUGCUGGCAUAGGGGCAUCUGCUCAUUUGGUUAACUUCAAAGGAACAGAUACUGUGGCGGGAAUCGCUCUAAUUAAAAAAUACUAUGGGACAAAAGAUCCUGUUCCAGGCUAUUCUGUUCCAGCAGCAGAGCACAGUACCAUAACAGCUUGGGGGAAAGACCAUGAAAAAGAUGCUUUUGAACACAUAGUAACGCAGUUCUCAUCAGUGCCUGUGUCUGUGGUCAGUGAUAGCUAUGACAUUUAUAAUGCAUGUGAGAAAAUAUGGGGUGAAGACCUGAGACAUCUGAUAGUAUCGAGAAGUACAGAGGCACCACUGAUCAUCAGACCUGACUCUGGAAACCCACUUGACACUGUACUGAAGGUCUUGGAUAUUUUAGGCAAGAAGUUUCCUGUUACUGAGAACUCAAAAGGCUACAAGUUGCUGCCACCUUAUCUUAGAGUCAUUCAAGGAGAUGGAGUGGAUAUCAAUACUUUACAGGAGAUUGUAGAGGGAAUGAAACAAAAGAAGUGGAGUAUCGAGAAUGUCUCCUUCGGUUCUGGCGGCGCUUUGCUACAGAAGCUAACCCGAGACCUCUUGAAUUGCUCCUUCAAGUGCAGCUAUGUUGUAACCAAUGGCCUUGGGGUUAAUGUCUUUAAGGACCCAGUUGCUGAUCCCAACAAAAGGUCGAAAAAGGGCCGGUUAUCUUUACAUAGGACACCAGCAGGGAACUUCGUUACACUUGAAGAAGGAAAAGGAGACCUUGAGGAAUAUGGCCAUGAUCUUCUCCAUACGGUUUUCAAGAAUGGGAAGGUGACAAAAAGCUACUCAUUUGAUGAAGUCAGAAAAAAUGCACAACUGAACAUUGAGCAGGACGUGGCACCUCAUUAGGCUUCAUGUGGCCGGGUUGUUAUGUGUGCAGUGUGUGUAUACAUACAUGCACGUAUGUAUGCGCCUGUGCGUAUGUACUAACAUGUUCAUUGUACAGAUGUGUGGGUUCGUGUUUAUGAUACACUGCAGCCAGAUUAUUUGUUGGUUUAUGGACAUACUGCCCUUUUUAUUUUCCCCAGUGUUUGGAUGAUCUCAGACUAGAGAACACUGAUAACCAUGUACAAGAUUACUGCUGAAGUAAGCUUUUCAGGGUCCUUCGCUAAUAGAUAGUAAUCCAAUCUGGUGUUGAUCUUUUCACAAAUAACAAAACCAAGAAACUUUUAUAUAUAACUACAGAUCACAUAAAACAGAUUUGCAUAAAAUUACCAUGCCUGCUUUAUGUUUAUAUUUAACUUGUAUUUUUGUACAAACGAGAUUGUGUAAGAUAUAUUUAAAGUUUCAGUGAUUUACCAGUCUGUUUCCAACUUUUCAUGAUUUUUAUGAGCACAGACUUUCAAGAAGAUACUUGAAAUAAAUUACAUUGCCUUUUGUCCAUUAAUCAGCAAAUAAAACAUGGCCUUAACCAAGUUGUUUGUGUUGUUGUACAUUUGGAAAUUAUGUCAGGACAUAUACCCAACAGAAUUACUAACGUCACUGCCCUUGUAGAAUAUGCAGUAAUCAUUCUCCGUGGAAGAGAAUAAUGGUUCUUACUCGAAUGUUUAGGCAUUGUACAGUUCUGUGCCCUGGUCAGUGUAUUGUACCAGUGAUGCCAAAUCCCAAAGGCCUGUUCUGCAAUUUUAUAUGUCGGAUAUUGCCUGUGGCUCUAAUAUGCACCUCAAGAUUUUAAGAAGAUAAUGUUUUUAGAGAGAAUUUCUGCUUCCACUAUAGAAUAUAUACAUAAAUGUAAAAUAUUGAAAGUGGAAGUAGUGUAUUUUAAAGUAAUUACACUUCUGAAUUUAUUUUUCAUAUUCUAUAGUUGGUAUGACUUAAAUGAAUUGUUGGAGUGGGUAGUGAGUGUACUUAUUUUAAAUGUUUUGAUUCUGUUAUAUUUUCAUUAAGUUUUUUAAAAAUUAAAUUGGAUAUUAAACUGUA